GAGUUGUACAGCCAGUCCUAUGAUGAGAUUGGAGUUAUGUUUGCCUCAAUUCCCAAUUUCUCUGACUUUUACACUGAAGAGAGCAUCAAUAAUGGUGGCAUAGAAUGCUUACGUUUUCUCAACGAGAUCAUCUCAGAUUUUGACAGUCUGCUGGAUGAGCCACAGUUUCGCUGCAUUACAAAGAUCAAGACCAUUGGUAGCACCUACAUGGCAGCAUCAGGUGUCACCCCGGAUAUCAACAAUGACUACACCUGCAUGAAGAAGGAGGAGCAGUCUGACAAAGAGUGCUGGCAGCACUUGGCAGACCUGGCAGAUUUUGCUCUGGCGAUGAAGGUCACACUCAUGAACAUAAACUACCAGUCAUUCAACAACUUCAUGCUACGCAUAGGCCUCAAUAAAGGAGGGGUGUUAGCAGGAGUCAUCGGUGCACGAAAACCUCACUUUGACAUUUGGGGCAACACUGUGAACGUAGCCAGUCGCAUGGAGUCGACCGGGGUGAUGGGGAACAUCCAGGUGGUGGAGGACUGCUACAACAUCUUGAAGGAGUACAAUUUCCGCUUUGUGAGGAGGGGGCCCAUCUUUGUAAAGGGGAAAGGGGAGCUCCUCACCUAUUUUCUCAAAGGAAGAGACAAACAAGGCUCAUUUAUUAACAGCUCCUCGGUCACGCUGCCACACCAGGUGGUGGAUAGUUAAUCACACACAUGCAGAUCACAGCUGGUAAAUGCAGCAACAGGGAGAAACGAGUUGAUCUGAAGAGAAAUCAUUUGACCAAAAGGAUUUUUAAAACAAGUUAAAAUGCAAGUAUAAUCACACCUUUCUUAGUCUGACAGCCUUUAUUCAAUAAAACUCUGAUUUAUUUUGUACACUGAUCUGCAAAAUUUUAAAUAAGAUUUGUAAAGUGUUUGUUUACAAAAAUGACAAACAUCAAAAAGGCAGAAUAAGCUUUCUAACACUGAUUAAAAGGCACUUUCACAAGACACUUCAAGCCUCCAUUUGAUUUCUGCAUGGACCGAGGCAGCAUGUAGGUUGAAGCCAACCCACCACUGAUGCACCUUUGAGUUGCCAUGUGAGGUGGUAACGAAGCCGUAAUACUUGACUUUUGGAAAGGUAUGGCCAUUUUGCAGCUCAGUGAUGUGAUGCUUUGACAAAUGGACUGUGUGAGCUCCCUGCCGUAUGAUUGAAAAGCCUAAACAGCAAUA